CGCUUCACAACAACCGAGAAAAUGGCUCCUCCACAGAGAAUGCGCGUCGCCAACGAGAAGGCCAGCAAAUAUGUGACAAUGCGUGGCAAUGUACCGAAAUCCUCGAAGGCGAAAGAGGGACAGUACCCCGUCGGACCCUGGCUCUUGGCGCUGUUCAUCUUCGUUGUCUGCGGCUCGGCUAUUUUCCAGAUCAUUCAGUCGAUUCGCGCUGCGUAGACAGUUCCAUGUGACAGACAGUAGAAAUAAAAACAAAACUUCUUUCUGGAA